AGCGUACUCGAGCUAGCAAAAGGCUGCCUGGCUAAGCUUCCCGUCUUAGUGCGAAUUUUGCACCAGCUUCGGGAGGGAGGGCGGCAAGAUUCUGCCCUCAUGCGGGCGGUGGCCUCGAGAGAUAACGCGUUACUGUCCUUCGUGGCCUCCGUCGAUGAUCCGCAGAACCAAGAAGACGGACCGAAAGACGAACUGAAUAGCUUUGGUCUGAUUUACGAUUCUGAGGAGAAAAAAAACCGCGAAAUGGCCACCAGCUACUGGGGCCCGAUCGACGAACAAGUGCUCCGCACUCUUCCUGCUAUAAAAAUGGAAGAAAAUCACCAGCGCUGGAGGUAUUUCUGGCGGAAAUUACCCAACGCGCUGAAGCUCAAUUGGUUCCCCGCCGGCAGUCUGCUCUUUGAGGCUUUCAAGCGUAUUGAGGCGCGCCUAGUGUGGGCUUUGUGGAGAGGAGUGAGGGCUUCUGACUCCCUGUGGGAGCGAAAAUCCAAGGAAGUGGCUGACUUAAUCGGAGAUCUACAGGAGCAGGACGCUUCCCGUGGCGUAAAAACCGCCGUUAAUUAUAUGGAGUCCUGGUUCCGCGACCUGAGACGUAUGGAUCAUGAGGCGCAGCAGUAGGCGGCCUGAUCCUGAACGGUGCUUCUUUGCGGUGCUGGAGCGAGCAAGCAGAGGACUAGCGGCGCUGCCGCGAGCAAAAAGCGGCUGCAUCUUUAGCUUAGCUUACUGGUUUGUUUUGGCAGAGUAAAAGUGUAGAAUAGUUUUCGUCGACGUCGUAAAAACAAAAAGUUGAAGACAAGGACAAGUAAAUCAGUUUUAUUUUGAAACGCACAUCCACGAUUUAAUCGAAAUUCCCAGACAGGAACUGCUUUACUGAGAAGCAGGAUAAUGCGUUAACCAAUAAGCGAUAGCCGAUCUGUAUCUGUUUUGAAAAAUGUAUAAUGACAACGAACUAGAUCUAGAGGUAGCUGUUCUGAAGUUUAGAGUUGGACGAGCGUCGAAUGCUGAUGAAGAUGAUAGUAGAAGACAAAUUUAUAGUGCAGCAUCGUCAUGCGAAGUAAAAGACUAAGCCUACAUUUUAUUCUUGUAAGAUGAGAUACAUAGUGCCAAUUCUAUUCCUCGUUUCUUGGUUGUCUGGACGCCCCCGACAAAUCCAAGAUUCGUUGAUUUUGUUACAAUUCGCCAUCAGCAUUAGUGCCUUAUGACCCAAACAUGCCGCUUGCUAAAACUAUUUCCGGGACGACUACAGGACUCGAGCGAAGACGUUGCUGCUUUUGUCUGGUUGGCGUCUGGAAGUAGAUUGUUUUGGAAGAAGAGACAAAAGAGCGGAAAAAUUGGUGCGCAGCACGACUUAGCUUUAGCUUUAUUAGGUUCCAAGUUUUCCAAAUGCUUAGUCCCCCGACCGGUGGGCUGUUUUCGCCAUCGAUUGUGGUGGAAAAGGUAGAAGAAAGUUGAUGCCUUGUAAAAAGCCGAGCGCGAGCCAAAUGUCUGUGCUCAUUGUUAACUGCAGCUCUCGAGGAUCAUUCGACUACGAAGCUCAGUACUCUGCUCAAGAAAUGAC